CGGGGCGUACCGGAAAAGCUGCCGUCACCACCGGGGCGACUUGCCAUCUCCAUCCCUCUCACCAAACCAAACCAAUCCGAAGUUCCGAACGCGGCGGCGAUGAGGAGAUAAACGACGAGAGAUAGGCAGAUAGCAUUGUUGCCGCUGAACCCGGAACGGAAUCGCUCCUGCUGGCUGCUGCAUUGGCCGCCGCGCUCGAUCCGUUCCUAGAUAAGCGCAAGCGGCCCCCCUUAUCCAGAGCAACUCGCCUGGCUCUCAUCAUCAUUCGCUCCAGAAUCCAGAUCAGUCCACAGCUCCCCAGCUGCGCCUUCUCCCCCCACCCGAUUCCUCCUAUUUCCGAGUUCGCCUGCGCGUGUGGGUGCGGGCGAAGCCAUGGUCGGACGGAGCUCGCUCCCGGAGGGCGCUCUCUUCCUCGGAUUCGACAGCUCCACCCAGUCUGUGAAAGCUACUGUGCUCAACAAUGAGUUGACAAUAGUAGCUUCUGAAACUGUUAAUUUUGACUCUGAGUUGCCGCACUACAAGACCGAAGGCGGAGUUUACAGAGACCCCACAGAUGAUGGCCGCAUUUUUUCACCAACCAUAAUGUGGGUGGAGGCUUUGGAGCUGGUGCUUGAGAAAUUGAAACCAAAAAUCGACUUCAGUAAGGUUGUGGCCGUUUCGGGUAGUGGGCAGCAACAUGGCAGCGUUUACUGGAAGAAGGGCAGUGAAGCUGUUCUCUCUUCCUUGGAUCCGAGUAAGAGCUUGCUAUCCCAGCUUAAGGAUGCCUUCUCUACAAUGGACUCACCGAUAUGGAUGGACAGUAGCACUACUAAGCAAUGCAGAGAGAUAGAAAAUGCAGUCGGAGGUGCAUUGGAGUUAUCAAAGCUAACUGGAUCUCGUGCCCAUGAGAGGUACACUGGGCCUCAGAUAAGAAAGAUAUACCAAACAACACCUGAUGUUUAUGAAAGUACUGAGAGAAUAUCUUUGGUGAGUUCAUUCAUGGCAUCCAUCCUUGUUGGAUGCUAUGCAAGUAUUGAUGAAACUGAUGGUGCUGGGAUGAACUUGAUGGAUAUAAACCACAGGAUCUGGUCAAAAACUGCUUUAGAGGCAACAGCUCCUGAUCUUGAACAGAAGCUUGGAAAUCUUGCACCGGCAUAUGCAGUUGCUGGUCGAAUUUCUCCUUAUUUUGUAGAAAGGCUUCAGUUUGAUAAAAAUUGUUUGGUUAUUCAGUGGUCAGGAGACAAUCCCAAUAGCCUUGCAGGUUUAACUCUAAAUACACCGGGUGAUCUUGCAAUUAGCCUUGGUACUAGUGAUACAGUUUUUGGGAUUACUGCCGAAGCUAAACCAGGCCUGGAAGGCCAUGUUUUCCCCAACCCUGUUGAACCGGAUGGUUACAUGGUCAUGCUUUGUUACAAAAAUGGCUCGUUGACCCGGGAAGAUGUGCGGAAUAGAUGUGCAGAAAAAUCAUGGGAUGUUUUCAACAACUAUUUGGAGAAAACAGCCCCCAUGAAUGGUGGGAAAUUAGGAUUCUACUACAAAGACCAUGAAAUCCUGCCUCCUCUUCCAGCUGGCUUCCACCGAUACGUGGUGGAGAACUUCAAUGAAAACUCACCCGACAAUCUGACGGAGCGCGAGGUGCAAGAAUUCGAUCCACCAUCUGAGGUGAGAGGCAUCGUUGAGGGCCAGAUGCUCUCGAUGCGAGGCCACGCCGAGCGGUUCGGCAUGCCCAACCCUCCCAAGCGGAUCAUAGCAACAGGCGGGGCUUCCUCCAACGAGAGCAUCCUCAAGCUGAUCGCGCAGGUCUUUGGCUGCCCCGUCUUCACAGUCCAGAGACCCGAUUCGGCUUCGCUUGGUGCGGCCCUCAGGGCGGCCCAUGGGUGGCUGUGCAAGGAGGAAGGAGGCUUUGUUCCCAUCUCCUGCAUGUACAUGAGCAACCUGGAGAAGACCUCCCUGGCCGCGAAGCUCGCCGUGCCGGCCCCCGGAGAUGGGGAGCUGCUGAAGAAGUACACAUCGCUGGUGAAGAAGAGGAUGGAGAUCGAGAGGCGUCUGGUGGAGAAGAUCGGGCGCGCCUAGAUGGGGAGCGAUAUAGAUAUAGGUACAGGAAAUAAAAUCGCCUCUGCUGAAUCGAUGGCGGUAUAGCUGGUGCUCUUGUGCACGGAUAACAUGUUGAACUUGUGAACAGAACAACCGCUGAGUGUUAUUUGGAACUCAUCUCGACUCUUAUCUGUAGAUGACAUUGGGGCAAAAAAUGCAGUAAGAUUCGUGCACUCGUCUUCAGUC